AUGGCCUCCAUGCUUGUGCUGUUGCUGCUCUCUGGUGUCGGCAGCAGAGAUGCAUGGGCCGAGGUAUCGGGCCACCCGACUUGCGACUGCUGCGACGAGUAUACUCUGCAUGCAUAUGCCGGCGAGCUGAAUCGACACUGCCUGCCGGCAUCUUUGUUGCGGAAGAAGCAAGACAUUAUCAUCGGAGAAGCUCUUGACGGUGGUCCAAGUGUUCCAGAAGAGGCCCUGAGUAUUCUUUGUGCCAGUGCGCUCUGCCGAAGCAGUGUUCUACGUUACUGGGCGCGUGUGCGCGGUUGCUCUGAAAGCAGCAGCUGGAAGCGUUUCGGCUUUGCCUGGGCAGCUGCCAAGGUCCGCUGCAUGCGCUUGCCACAGGAGCGGGAACCUCAAGAUGGCGCACGAUAUCAGGUCCUGAUGCAGGCGACCUUUGGCCGAGAUGGACAGCAGGGCAACGAUGCAGCUGGCUUGGAGGUCACUUCAGCAGCAAUCAAAGAGGCAAAGGGGGUGGUUGCAGCGCUGGUGUUUCUUUUGUCCUGUAUCCUUUUGCUGAGAAAUGUGUCAGAAAUGUGUGUCAGUGUGUUGUGGCUCAAGAAGCAGAUCAAGAAUGAGAGCACAAGGCAUGGACAAUGCGGUUCUUUGAUCGAAUCAAAGCGUGACAUCUUCACAAUGAAGAAGAUGCGCGAUGCACCUGAAGACACGCAGCCAGACGUGGACACUGUGAGACGGCAAAGCUCCAGAGUGCUCAAGGAGCUGGACUUGAUAUUGCAGCGAUCCGGGCAGCCACUGGAGAAGCGAUGGAUCGACACGCGUCAGGCAGAGAUCAUCAUCGCGGCGACAAUUACCAUUUAUGCCUUUUUCAUUGGAGUUGAGCUCGAGAUUGAACUAAAUUAUGCAGAUCUGGCACAUACUCUUUCCCUUGCAUUCCUCAUAUGUCAUGUGUUGUUCAACACGAUCUUUGUGAUUGAGAUCGUGUUGCGGGUGCGGUCAAUUGGAAUCAGAUACUGCUCUCCCUUUAAUCCCGCCGGCUUCUUCGAUGCGCUCAUCAUUCUCAUCGGCACUGUCGAGAACAUCGUAUCAGUAGUGUUCGCGAUGAUGUCGCAGGAUGGCAACGGCUCCGUAAUCGCUAUCGCCGGUGUCAUGCGCAUUUUACGCCUCUUGCGUUUGGCCAGGCUUCUGCGCGGCUUUUUGGUCUGUCACGAGUUGCGGCUCUUGGUCACAGGCAUGAUGCUGGCACUUCCAACGGUGGUGUGGGCUGGAGUGCUUUUCGCAAUCGUGGUAUACUUGGGAACUAUGUUCACGGUCAUCCUGCUGGGCAACAUUCCUGAGCUUGAAGUUUACUUCGGCAGAAUUGGGCUGGCACUGUGGACUCACUUUGUCAUCGUGACAAUGGAGACCUGGCCUGACAUCGCUGACAGUGUCCUGGCCGUGGCAAAUCCGCUGUGGGGCGUCUACUUCGUGGUAUUCAUUUGCAUCUCGAGCAUGUCCUUGAUGAAUUUGGUUACUGGUGUCAUCGCAGAGAAGCUGUUGAGCACGAAAGAUGAUGCCACAACGGAGGAUCAUGUGAAUGAGAUGGAGGCGUUCAGCAGGGAGAAGGCCAUUUUUAAGCAGGACUUGUUGGAGCUGCUUCUAUACGAAGAAGAUAUCGAUGUAGAUGUUUUCACAGGCCUGAUGGAGACUCUAAAAAUGAGGACAUGGCUGCAGAAACUCCAGGUGUCUCCUGAGCUACUGGCGAAUGAUUUGUUCAAUUUGCUGGAUACAGAUGGCUGCGGUCACUUGACGCUGGAAAAGCUUGCGGAAGGAAUGCUGAACUUGAGGGGAUCUCGUCUGAGAGUGCAUUCCCUCCUCCUUCAGCAGGACCUACGUCGUUAUUGCCAAGAUGAGUUGGACGCGUUGAAUGACGUCGAAGCCGUUGUGCAACGGCAAACGUCGAAGAACUUGGUUGCUCUGAAAGAGACCUUUCAGCAGGAGUUGUACAAAAUGCAGAAUCUGGCAGAAGAGCCAAGUCUUCCUGCACCAGGUUCCACGUUCUCCUGGGUGAGUGAGAGGGAAAGCUUGGAGCGUUUGGUGACUGAGCUGGAGCUUUUGGCUGGUACAGGUGACCCUGCCUCCAAGUGA